CUCUGGAUAAUUUUCAAAUAAAUGUAUAAUCCCUAUAUAAGUGCACUACCUAGGGUGAGAUAGAGUUGCUUGACAGCAUAUCUAGUGCACUCUAUGUGAAAUGAGGACGUAUUUGAGAUUCUAGCUCUGAUUUCAAUACAAAUCGCAGUAUGUUGGUACCGUUAGAGGGUGUUUAUGGUGAAAGAAAGCUCUACAGUAUUUGUUGUGCAUGUUGAUAUUCAGAUAGCAAGGUAUUACAUCGUACAUUAUCUCAAACACGGUUGCCGAGUUAAUUAAGUAGCUAGCAGUGUUAUAAGGGUAUAUCGUUGUUAUAUUUACUAGGAAAGAGACCGAGAUUAUUUUGCCCAGGGCGCUAGCUGAGCAAGUGUAACUCAGCAUGGGGCCGUGUCUUUAAUUAGGCCGUGACUAAUUCAUUUAUUAAUUAGUUAGUAAUUGAUGAGUGUGCUGUUGUUUAACUUCGGUUGACUGAGUUUUCCCCUGGCUGAGACGCGGACCGGACACCGGACAUGGCAGUGUCUGAGACUCAGCUGAUGUUGAGCGUCGGGUUGAUCGGGAAAGACGUGAAUGCAGACACGCUGUGGGUUUGGUGCUUUCCUGCAGUCAGCGCCGAGCUGCGCGAGCUCUUGAUGCGGAAGUGCUGUUUGUCUCGCGACUCUCCGGAGCUGCACGCCUACGUGUUCGGUCAGUACCGCCGGAGCUGGUACUACCUCACCACCACCGACGUCCAGGAGCCCACCGCCCUCACCAAGGUUACACAUUUCUCUAUAGUUAUUACAGCAAAGGAUUUCAACCCUGAAAAGUAUGCCGCAUUCAGUCGAGUUCUGUGUAGGAUGUACAUGAAACAUGGCAGUCCAGUGAAGAUGAUGGAAGGCUACAUUGCUGUCCUCACAAAGGGCAUCUGUCAAAGCGAUGAGAACGGCUCCUUCCUCAUCAAGGACUAUGAUGUUAGAAAAGCCUAUUUGGCUGGAUCCAUUAAAGAUGUGGUGUCUCAGUUUGGGAUGGAGACCAUCAUCCUGUACACAGCACUGAUGCUGAAGAAAAGGAUUGUGAUCUACCAUCCUCGUGUUGAGGCUCUGCUCGAGUUCACAAGAGUACUUCCAGCCCUGACAUGGCAUAGGAAAGACUGGUCCAUUCUCCACCCUUAUGUCCAUCUGGAGGACAGAGAGUUGGACAACCUCAGAUCAUGUACAGGGUAUGUUGCAGGCUUUGUGGAUCCCGAUGUUAUCAACCGAUCGGAUCUCUUCGAUGUUUUCGUGAAUCUUCCAGACAACGAGAUCACCAUUGCUCGACAUGCAAAAGAGGCCAUGACUAUGGGAAAACUGCAUAAGGAGAUCGGCCACUUGAUUGUGCAGUCUGCAGAGGAUGCUGAUCGCACAGAUGCUCAAGUUAUCAAGGAUAUUUCUGUAAAGACUAAGGAGAUUCUAAGCAACUUGAUGUCCCUUGCUGAGGACGGAGACGACGCAAAGCUGACUCUGGACACACUGAAGCGACGUCACCUUCCUCCAGCAACCGAGAACUUCCUCUUCCAUUUAGCUGCAGCCGAGCAGCUCCUGAAGAUCUAAACAAUACCCUAUGAAUGUACGAGACCUAGGAGAGCCUAACGAAGGAAAUCACUAUGUGAUCGUAUGAUUUUAUAAAUGCGUGUAAAUGCAAAGAUGAAUUUAUAAAAAGUUUUAUAGAGGUUUUAUGAUGAUCUAGACACAUUCAAUGACCAAGACUAUUAUUAUAUAUAUAUAUAUAUUACCCUUUAGCUACUCUUUCUUUUCCAGGAUGGUUCUUCUUAGGAAGCACUUAAAAUUACUUGACGAAUAUACAGGAAUGGAUGGAUAAUGUACUUUUACAUUUGUACAUUUUUUUUUAAGUGACACUUUGAACUUGAACACAGUCUAAAUGAAGACCAUUUUGUGGUAGCACUUCAUUAAACAGUUUUGAAAAUUUAGAUAAUGAAGAUUUUAUAUGCCAAAUUAAAUAUAAUGAUUAAUUAUUAUUAACAUCAAUGUACAGAACACUAUUCUGCUGCCACUGAAAUCUUAUUUGGUUGUGAUUCAGUUGCGUCGGGUGUUUUGUGUACGUCUGUGCGUGUUAAAAUGUAUCAGAAAGCCAACAGAACUUCAUUAGAUAAAGUAGGAAAAACAAUUGCGUUUCUAAAGCAUACUCAACAGGGUUAAUUUGUUUCUUGCAGUCUCGGCAAGCUCCAUCUUUUUAUUAAGCAUCUUUUGAUUUUUUUUUUUCUCUUGCUUUACAUCAGUUAUGUAAUCACCAUCUGCCUAAAGGAGUGUGUUUGUGCCAAAAUAUUCCAUAUGCACUUUUCAUAUGUUCACAUGUAAUAUUUUAUUUUUUUAAAUGAUGCUGUUGUCCUUUCCUAACAAUCAUAUGCUUGAGUUCUAAUGACAUAAAAAUUAAGGUCCAGUGUAAAGUUCUCAAUGGUUUCAAUGUGAUAUUAACAAUGAUGUAACAAUAGCAGUAUUUUUGUUAAAUCCAUUUGGUCUAAAAUGCUAUUAAAUUAAAACAUGAAUCUUU